CUAAAAUUCGCUUUCAAAAUGAAUAAAUUAGUUGCUUUAAUACUUUUACUGCAAAAUUCAUCGAGUGUUUCAGAUAAUCUUCAGGCUAAUCAAAAUAACAAUAUCACACGACCAACGUCGAACAGAAUAAGCGGUCCACUUCGAAAGUCCCCAUUGGAAAAUUUUCAGAUGCGUUAUGUUCUGGACAGCGAUUUUCAUUUUACAUUUUACAAUAAAGAUCACCCGAAAGGGAUAGAAAUGUUGAAAGAUGAACAUUACAAAAACAUCUUGCCCCAGGUGUUUCCUGAUAAGCCUGUAAGGUUUAUAACCCACGGUUGGAAAGCGAGUUGCAAAGCAGGCUUCUGCACGGAACUAAGAGACGAAUACUUGAAAAAUGAAGACAACCAAGUUAUAAUAGCUGAAUGGGAGAGUUUGUCAAAUGAAAUAGAAUAUUUCGAAAUAGUUGAGCAGACAGGCGAAUUUGCAGUGAUUUUUUCAAAAGCUUUGACACCUGUUGUCGAAAAGGUGCACGGAGAAAAUGUACAGAUAAUUGCAUUAGGCGUGGGUGCUCAUCUUUGUGGAAUCGCUGCUGAACUUAUAACGAAUACAACUAAAAUGAAAAUAGGAAGAAUUACAGGAUUGGAUCCCUCCUGGCGAUCAUUUGAAAUUCCUAUAUACGGUCUUCAAAAAUCGCAAGCCACCUUCGUGGACAUUAUCCACACUACCGCUGGCUCAUCAGGUAUCCCAGAGCCCCGGGGUCAUGUUGACUUUUAUCCCAACGGUGGUAUAGUCCCACAGCCUGGUUGUCGACGACGUUUUAUGAGAUUUGCCUUAGAUAAAUGUAGCCACAACCUUAGCUGGGGGUGGUUCAAAAACACCAUAAACUCUCAACCGAAAAAUUAUAAGAUGGGAUACCGAUGUACCUCAGGGAAAAUUUUAAACAUAUUUUACUGCAACUUCAAUGACGUGACACCUUUUGGUCAAAUGACCCCUGCUAGUGCUAGAGGCGUCUACUAUUUGGAAAUUAAGAAGUGGCCUUUUCCAUCAAAUCGCAAAGAAUUUAAUAAGAACGAAACAAAAAAAAUUGAAGUACAAUCGAGAAUAAAAGAAUUACGAUUUUUUUUAUGUUUA